UCUUGUUAGAGCCUGUGAUUAUAUGGUUUUCUCCGAAAUAACUUGAUCGAAAUCCAUUAUUUAUUAACGCCUACACAAUAUAACGGAAUCGUGUGUAAUAAGUAUAUAAAGUUAUAAUAAUUAUACCCAAAAAUUAUAAACCGUUGAAAAAUUAACGCGCUUAAUACAGCAUUAAUGACAGCUUAUGGGAUAAUGAAAGGUUGAGACAUAUAUGACAUGACAACAACAAGAAGAAAAAUAUCUCUAAGAUUUAUUUUUAAUACGUUCGUGAGUGUCACUUCGACGCGUUACAACUUUUGUUACAAUAAAAACAGCAGGCAAUAAAACCCUUACUUUCGUAGAAGAACGAAGAAAUAGUUAAGAAGUAAUGAUGAACUUUUUAUUAAUUAUUUGCUAGUAUGUGUUCAUUUUUGAUUACAUUUUUAUUGUAAUGAGUUAUGUCUGAGUCUUAUGUUAUCUUAAACGGUUGUUGUUGUUUUUAAAACAAUGAUUAUUAUUAUUGCUGCUCAAUUUACUUGUUUGGUUGAUUGUGUAGAGAGGUAACAACGAAGAGAACAAAAAUUUAAAGUACAGUGUCAAGUUUCUCUUCAUGUACAAGUGCGUAGAGCGAGGUGCGUGAAUUGUUUGUGUUUUCUAAGAUAUAAAAAUAUCAUAAAACCACUAAAUAAAUAUAAAUUAAUUACACCAUCUUAAAUAAGAGUAAUUAUAUAAAAAGAAAAAAUUGUAAACAAAACGUUCUUACAAACUUAACGAAAACACACACACAAAACGUACGCUUUGGAAAUCCUCAUCUCUUCACUUCUAACACAGUAUCUUAGUCAUUUGCGUUUACAGUGGGUCAACCUUACUAAGGAUUACGCAGAAAAUUCAUAUAUGUGAGACAGGAACACAAUUUGAGAAUUUUGCUUUUAAAUCAUCCAACACAAAUAGUUGGUUGUUGUUAUUACGGCGAUCAUGCAUCGUUCAUUGAAACCGCACGCACAAGCUAAAAAGGUUACAAAAGUAUCACCACCCGCUUUACCGGGUGAUCCAGUGCCUACAAGUGCAACAGCUUCACAAUCAAUAUAUCAUCAUUCUCAUCAGCAUCAACAUAUACCAUUGUAUCGAUUAGGCGGCAGUAUCUCGGGGGCAACUGGAAAAGCGCAGCUAGAGGAUGGUAUCAUAAUGAGUAGCAUGGUAUCAUCUCCAUCGCUCGAAGAGGGCGGUUUCAAUUUGCCACGUGAGCCUACUGUAGCUUUACGCAUAAAAGAUGAAUUAAACGAUUACGCUUCAGCCAUGUCAACGUCAGGCUCUUCACAAACUUCAGCAGGUGCAGCAGCAACAGCCGCAGUAAAACCGGCACAAUCUGUUACCGCCAAUGCUAGUGCUUUAUUAGGCACAUGCUCAGCGAAUAUAGUGCCAUGUCCCCCGCCAGUUUUUUGUGCUACAUUACGUGAGCCUCUCACCCACAAGGCAGCUGUUUAUUAUCAUCAACAAUUAGCAUUGCAAGAAGACCAAGGUAUCGAUCUGACCCAAUCGCCGGGCCGCGACUCACCCGGUUCAUCAUCAGGUUCAGCUGGUUCUGGAUCCCGUCAUUCCACUGCUAGUUUAGAUUCGGGUCGAGCUUCGUCAUAUCUCACAGGCGCAUCCGGAGCUGGUUCGAUACGCAGUAGUGGCGGUGGUGGCGCCCUAUCUUCACCCCGUUGCAGUUCAGUUAGUUCGUGCUCAAUUGGUUCCAUGGACCGUCAACGUAACGAAGAGUUGAUCAUCGAUUGGCUUAUGGAAAUGAAAUAUGAAGAAUAUGCUCAACUCUUCAUAGCGGCUGGUUAUGAUUUACCCACCAUAGCCCGUAUGACCCCGGAGGAUUUAACGGCAAUUGGUAUAAAAAAUCCACAUCAUCGUGAACGUAUUAAACAACGUAUCGAUAAACUACAAGUCUUGGAUAAUUUACCGCAUUUUGUACCGGGUUCUAUUGAAGAAUGGCUGCAAUUAUUACGUCUUGAAGAGUAUAUACAACCUUUGCUGGAUCAAAAUUAUAAGACGGUGCGUGAUGUUACUCAAGUGACAUGGGAGGACUUAGAAGACAUUGGCAUCGUUAAGCUGGGACAUCAAAAGAAAAUCUUACUUGCCAUAAAACGCGUCAAAGACAUUAUCAGCGGUAAAUGGAAUCCCGGUGGUAAUGCAUAUCAUCAACAGAUUUAUACCAAACCCUGGCACCAUUUGCCUCCUACACCCACUUACUUACCCACUACACGUGUAUCAUGGGACGAUUCAAAAAUUUAUGCGAAUACCACAUCGACAACCGACGCUUGCACUCGUGAAUGUUGCAGUGGUAACGAUGUGGUAUUAAUAAAGGUGCGUCAACCACGUGGCAAAAGCUUAGAAUCCCUGGAGGACAUACACGAUAAUAGCACACGUAGCCAUUUGACUUUCAGUCAUUACACUACCACAGACUAUGGUCAUUUUGCUCAUCCCUCACAAAUGCAACAACAACAGCAAGCCAUGCUACAACAGCAACAACAACAUCAUUUACAACAAGCCAGUUUAAUGCAAAGCGGUGCUGGCGGCAGUGGAGGUGCCGGUGGGCAAACGCAACGUUUGUUAGGCAAUCCUGCUACUAUGAAUUGGCGUCGUUCCUACGAUGACGGUGAUAUCACUCCCACUAAUGAUGCUGCUGCCAAUCGUGAUUUAAUGUACGAAGAAGGCGGUGGAACCUUGCCGCGACAACAACGUGGCAUUCUGCAAAGAGCUGUUUUGAAUACAAUGCCACCUUUAGAGCAUCAUCACUAUAUGAAUGCAGCUGCAGCAGCUGAAUAUGUUUGCCAUACCUCGGGCUUGGUAGCUGGUACGAAUGCAGGUGGUGUUAAUAAUUCCGCCGCGACCGCUGCCGGCGUAGGCGUAGCAGCUGGCACUGUUUUGGACAAUUCCAGUUUAACUAAUCCUUACAUAACUGGAAGUCCUCUGACUAGUAAAAAAAUUGCUCCUGAACCACCUCGUCGCCAUUGUAGCAUACGCAAUUCUCGAACUUUAAGUCAAGACGGCACACAAAUCUCACAACAUUCUGCAGCGAAUAUGUUUUAUGGCCCUGGGGGUACUCCCUUACAUUCGCAUAACGUUUAUUUGCAGCAGCAACAACAACAACAGGUCACUAAUCAACCCAUUUAUGCCAAUUACGCUACCAUACAGCAGACUACAGCCGAAAUACACUGUGAGAAAUUUCAUGACAAUAAGUCAAAUUCAAGCAUUGACUCUAUCGACACUAUACCUUUCGCUAAUGAAAAUACUGGCACUAUCAAGCAACGUUUAUUAAAUCGCCAAGAAUUGUCAGGAGCCAUAACACCGGGCACACAAAGCACUCACUUGCAUUCCUCCUCGUCGUCGUCGUCAUCGUCAUCGACCAACACCAUAGCUAACAUAGCUCAUUCGUUUCACUCGCUGAAAACGUCUUCUUCCCUACACGAUGCAUCUCUGAUACGUAGUGAAAGUAUUGGCAGCACUACUAGUGGAGGUAGUGCAGGUUUAGUGCACUUGCGUUCACCUACUUUACAAUACCCACCCGUUGCUGCGGAUAGUGCACCGUCAUUGCCUGGCUUAGGAAUGAGUGAUGAGACUAACAAUGAUACGAAUAUUGAACCAAGUGCCAUAGCAACACCGGCGGUAGCAAAUGCAGGUAUUAGUGGUUCGUCUGCGAUAUCGGCGGCCGGUAAUGGUCCAACACCUAAGGUUUCUGUGAACGUGCUCAACGAUAUUGGCAAUAUGUUAGCCAAUCUAACUGAUGAACUCGAUGCAAUGCUGGAAGAAGAGAAACGGGUAGGCUUAAAUAUAGACAGUGAAUAAAGAGAGAAAAUGUAAAUGCCAUUUGUGACAUCUUUACAAUCCCCAAAAGCUGGUGCUAUAAUAUAAUUAUAAAAACACAUCUUUUAAGGUCUUCUCUCCGUUGUCUUUUCCCAAUAAUGAUACUAAACAAAUCCAUAAAGGGUGUGUGCAUUGAUAACGUAACUUGGUUUAAUCUCGAAAACACACAAUCCAUUCAAAAUAUGUAGAAAUGUGUAAAAGUGUAUGUGCGUGUGCGUUUAUGUAGCUACAUAUAAGUAUCUAUAUAUCAGAAUUUAGAUAUCGUUAUUUUCUUAUAUAGAAUUUAUGUACUCUUAUGAUGUUUUGCUUAUAUAAUUUUCAUUUUUCUGUCUUGAAUUUUUAAUAUUUAAUAUUUAUUAAGAUUUUUCUAAUUAAUUUUUCACAUCUGACUUCUUCGUCUCAUAUUUUUGCCAAAUUUUUAAAGCACAACCAAACCUUCCUAAAACCUUGCUAAAAGCAAAUUGGAAAUUUUUGAGAGAGAGGGAGAUCGUAUACCGAUAUUAAGCUUGACGUUAGUCUGUUGAUUUUCGAUUUCAAAUCCAUUUUCCGUUAUGAAAUAUUUUUGAACAAAUUUCAAAAUAUAUAAGAAAAAGGUCCUUAAGAUUUUGCAUUAUUCCCCUUUAACGUUUUAACAUUUCAACAUUUAAAAAAUUUAAUCAACUUCAUCAGAACUGCUUUAUGCUUAUAAAGCCUUAUGUGAAAAAUAAAAACACUAAGAAAAUACUUGCUAUUAAUACUAUUUUCCUCAAAUCCUUUACUGAUGCUUUCCUUAAUAAUGUUUUUGCCCGGUAAGCCGUCUUGGUACUCAUGAAGAUGGGUUCUUCAAGUACGAACUUCCCCAAAGUGAAUGCGAUAUUUAAGAUUUUUAUCACUUGAAGAGGCUCUGACAUACCAAGUAAUCCGUUCGUAAAGUACGGGCAACUAAACAAUACAAUGCUUUUCAGGCCUUAAGUUAUAUUUUUGUGAAACACGGGAUCUUGUUACGAUGGUGACAAGCAACUGCUGCAAUAAAAACCUUUCUUGAUAGAAAAAAAUGAAUAGUCUGGACUUUCUUCCUAAGCCAAAUCUGGCACAUACUAUUCCGUCUUAAGAACGAACCUGCCAAGAUUCAUAAGAAAGCAGCCAUCUAUCAUGCUUUCGCCUGCCUUACCUUGAGAGCAAACAAUUCAAAUUUAAAAAAAAAUUAAAACACUCUAGUUGGACGCGGCCAGCCAAUAAACACCGUAAAUCAUUUCGUUUAGCGUAGUUACUCGUAUAAACGAUUUUCAAAAAAAUUCUUUAGAUGAAAAGGAUGUUUGGAAAGGCCCGAACCGAAUCACUUUGAAUAGCGUUCGUCUUAGGGCCAAGACACGCUAAUUUACCAAAUUUCAUUAAAAUAUCUCAACAAUUAUGGCCUGUACGUUGAGCACAAGAAAUUAAGGCAGACAAACAGACACACAAACUCAAAUUUAAAAUCAUUUUCCGAACCGUUCGGCAUAAUGGAAGGUGGAUCUAUCUCACGUCCAUUUGGAUAUUGUAUAAAUCCGCACAAAGCCAUAUUGUCGUCUGAAUUAGUUGUAAAAAGUUUUCAUAAUAAUAGUCUGCAAUAAUCAUGAUUCUUUAGCUAUUCAUCCUUGCGGCAUUUAUCUCUUUGAUAGUGCAGUGGUUAGUACCCUACGUAUCAUUAAGAAAGCCGAUUUCAAAUCCCUUUCUGGUAGCGAGUUUUUUCAAAAUAUCUCCGAACCUGCGACUUGAACACAAGAAAACAAAACGGGCUGGGGCGACGGACAAGCUUAGAAUCAACGUAAUAAAAGUUGGACCUAUCCCAGGUCUUUCUGGAUGUUGCAUACAUCUGUACAAACUUAGUAUACCCUUGUAGAACAAGCGGUGUAGGCUAUAAAAAGAAGUAGACAUUGUGUGAAAAAGAAAGUUUUCAAUUUACAAUUAACUUACUUGCGGAGACAUUACUUAAAAGCAGGGAAAGAAAGUUAGAUUUUACGGACUAAAAAAAGAAAGAAUAUUGAGUGAAAAGGUAGUGUAAGCGUCUGACCGGCCGUGAUGGCCGGUUUCUUAUUCUUCCGCAAUUCGGUAAAUGAACAACAGUUGCUUUACUGUGUUGAGUUGUCAUCGAUAACUAGUUGUAAAAUCGUUUAUUGUAAUGUUAGUCCACUAUGAAUUGGCUUCACUGGUCUUCACUGUUUAUAGUUGUCAACUUUCAAAUGUCCAAUUUUUAAUUUAUAUCUGAAAGGUGCGGAAACAUAGCAGUGUUUCCAAACAGCACCACUUGCUAAGAUCCUUUUCCAAAUUUGUAUUUUAUACGCACGAUCUGUUAAUCUCUAAUCUACUGCGACCGCGAAGUUUUUGUAGUUAGAUACAAUAGUCUAUUAAAAAUUUAAAGCAUUUUGUAUUUAUCUCCUUAAAUUUUCUAUUAAAUUUGUAAUGUUUAUUUUAAUAUU